AUGCCACCAGUCCACGAGUACCUCUCUCGAAAUGCCGCUUGUGGCCGUCGUCAUGCUUCCCUCUACCUCAGUCCCCCACCAAGUCUCCGGCAACGUCGACCUAGAUCCCUCGUCGGUACCUUAGUACCGCUUGCCACUGUUCAUAUCUCUUCUCGAGAUCCUCAAACUGCUUUCACCACGGAACCAAACAUUGAUAUUAAGAGUCUGCACAAUACCCUACGUGCUCAUCGUGAAGCAAAUCGCGCUUCACUCGUUCGAAAGACUUACAAUGAUGGCUCAUCCGUCCGGCUACGUGAUUCCGAUGAACAAUUCCCAUCUUUCGAGGUCAAGACCCCAGUGGUGCGAAAAGAGACUGGGCGGUUCAAAAGGGUGGAACUCGCUCCAUUCAAGGGAUUCAAAGGCACGAGUCGCGAUCUAGAUCUGUUAUGGCGGAUAAAUGAAGCCGAGAAAGAUCCUCCAGGUCACUAUCGUCUUCCAUGGCUUCGUUAUCUACAUAACUCGGACCCAAAUUCCUACUCGUCCGCGGUUGAGCAGCUUGGUGAUGAGAUCCGGGCUUUCGAAAAGUACACAUCUCCUUCAACAGAAGAGCAGCGCGCUGCGGACGACGCUUUCAAUGAUCUUGUUGACUGCGUCAGGGACGUUGCGGGAGACCUCCACGUCGAUAUGAUUGGGUCUAGGGCGACCCAACUUGCAGAUCCCCUAUCGGACUUGGAUAUUAACGUCUCCAGCUCCGGACGACCUGGCUCAGUCAACGAGCAGGCGCAAGGAUCAUCUCUCACCAUACUAAACAAGCUCUACAAGAUGUUUCGUUCUCCUCCAAAAACAACCAAUCUCUUCCACUUUCGCCCAAUCGAGGUCCAGCUUUAUCUCAAGCAAGCCCGCGUGCCCAUUCUACUCUGUCAGCACAAGGCAUCAGGCCUCCCUAUCCAGAUCCAGUCUACGCCCAGAACGUAUGACAGCCGCGAAUACGUGAAAGCGUGCUUGAAGGAAUAUCCGUCCCUGCGAGGUCUUUUCAAGGUCCUGAAACAACUCUUACAGAUGCGUGGACUCACAGUCGGCAGCAAUGGAGGUGUCACGUCCUAUCCACUCUUGCAGAUGAUAGUCGCAGCAUUGAAAUUCUCCGAGGGCAAGUUUCAUCACGCGGAUGUAGGCAACCAGUUUCUUUUCUUCCUAGAUUUCUACUCAGACAUCGACUUUUCUACACACGGUAUUUCCACCGAACCCCUCGAGUUGUUUUCAAAAAUUGUUGUGCGUGCCGGCAAGCACAAAGGGUAUCAGCAAGCAGUCGUGCGGUCCCAGACAGCAGAUAGGGAGCACUCCAACGCACGUCCCAGGGCUUUUCAAGGACCAGGCCGAAAGUGGUCCCGCGAGGGGAUGGAGUAUCUCAUGACUCUUCAAGAUCCUGUUAACCCUAAAAAUGAUCUUGGGAAAUCUGGUUUUCGGAUCAACGAUGUGCAGGAGACCUUCAUUGCCAUUCGGGCGACGCUACACUCGACAAUGUCCGACUGGGACAAGAAUCUGCAGACUUGGCAGAAGCCAAAACAGCGAACUCGGGCACCGUCCUUACUUGAACCCUGUGUGGGCGGAGAUUAUCGAAUAUAUGAGCACGAGAGAGACGACUUGCGGCGCUUGGGACACCAUUCACUAGAGGCGGCAGCGGCAGUGGAGACUUGA